AUGGGUGAAGGCGAUAACACUCCUCUUCCUCCACCUUCCAAGUACGAGUCAUUCACCGACUACAACCUUCAUCCCAGUGAAGUUUCUAAGUUGGUGAUUUGCCCGAUGUUGCUUACCAUCGACAACUAUGAAGAGUGGUCGAGAUCGAUUCGCAAUAACCUUCGGUCCAAGAGCAAGCUCGAGUUUGUGGAUGGUUCUAUUGUCAAGCCCGAUUCCAAGCACGCGGAUUAUCGUCAGUGGGGUAUUGUUAAUUCUACUGUUGUUGCUUGGAUUUAUAAUAUUCUUGAUGCUAGUAUUCGUUCUACUGUUAUUAUUCCUGAUGAUGCUAAAACAUUGUGGGAUGAUUUACGUGAUCGUUAUUCUCUUGGUAACGGUCCUCGUAUUUUUGAACUUAAGCAUGAUAUUGCUGAUUUGGUAAGACCGGUAACAAAGAUCAAGGAAUUAACUAUGGAUUCAUUGUCAAUCGGGAAUUAUCAUGAUUCAAAAGCUCAGAUAUAUCAAAAUUCAAUUGCCAAUGAGCAAAAUUAA